ACUCACAACAAACAUGGCGGCUGCGGUGGGUGUUGGGAGCGGUGGGGUGCAGGGGAGGUGAGUGAUGCUCUCGCCCCGUAGCUCAGGAGCCGGGCUAUGGGGGCGGGUGAGAGCCGCCCAGUGCCCUCAUCCCCCAGGGGCCGCCGCCGUCGCCGCCUGUGACUAGCCCCCUUGUCUUCUCCACCCGGGGCCGCGGCCCUGUCCUCGGGGAGCAGGAGGCUGCAGUGGGGCUGGGGCCGAGGGCGGAAGCAGUGACAGCUCCCCGCCCUGCAGAGGCGGACCCCUGGGGGGCAGUGGGUCUUCUCUUCUCCCUCCAGGGAAAGUGGGGCAGCUGUGCUCCCUUGCUUUCUGUCUGACCUACUGGGAGUACAGGUUGGAGUAUGUUUGCUACCUAGGAGGAAACUGAAAUUCAGGCACAAGUUAUUGUAAACUCAAAGUGUGAAUAUGGGUGAAAAGAAACCGGAGCCUCUGGACUUUGUAAAAGAUUUUCAGGAAUAUCUUACUCAACAGACACACCAUGUAAAUAUGAUUUCUGGAUCUGUUAGUGGGGACAAUGAAGCAGAUGCCCUUCAGGGAGCUGGAGCAGAUGGUGAUCAGAAUGGACUAGAUCAUCCUUCUGUUGAAGUUUCACUGGAUGAAAACUCAGGAAUGUUAGUGGAUGGGUUUGAAAGGACAUUUGAUGGAAAACUGAAGUGUCGAUAUUGCAACUAUGCCAGCAAAGGAACAGCACGGCUUAUAGAGCAUAUCAGAAUUCACACAGGUGAAAAGCCACACAGAUGCCAUCUAUGUCCAUUUGCAUCAGCCUAUGAACGUCAUCUGGAAGCGCACAUGCGAUCACAUACUGGUGAAAAACCAUAUAAAUGUGAAUUGUGUUCCUUCCGCUGCAGUGACAGAAGUAACCUGUCUCAUCAUCGUAGACGCAAGCAUAAAAUGGUACCUAUAAAAGGUACUAGGUCUUCCCUGAGCAGCAAGAAAAUGUGGGGGGUUUUGCAGAAGAAGACCAGCAAUCUGGGAUACAGCAGAAGAUCAUUAAUUAAUUUGAGCCCACCUUCCAUGGUGGUUCAGAAGCCAGACUACCUUAAUGAUUUCACCCAUGAAAUCCCAAAUAUUCAGACUGAAGCAUAUGAAAGCAUGACAAAAACAACACAGACUGGUGGCCUGGCGAGAGAUCCACAAGACCUUAAGAUAGACAAUCCAUUAAAUCAGCUAUCAACAUUAGCAGGACAGUUGUCUAGCUUGCCGCCUGAAAACCAAAACCCAGCGUCUCCUGAUGUUGUACCAUGCCAAGAUGAAAAGCCUUUUAUAAUACAGCAACCUACUGCACCAGCAGUAGUUUCAUCUGUGUCAACAAAUAUUCCUCAAAGUUCAUCUCCUACUAGCCCAGAUCCUCGGCCCCCACACAGUCAAAGAAACUACAGUCCAGUGGCAGGUCCAAGUAGUGAUCGCAGCGUCCAUACUAGUACUCCUAGCAUAAGUAACAGUCAGCCAAGUACUCCAGCUCCAACCCUUCCAGUUCAGGAUCCUCAGCUUCUGCAUCACUGCCAGCACUGUGACAUGUAUUUUGCAGACAAUAUCCUUUAUACUAUUCACAUGGGAUGUCAUGGGUUUGAAAAUCCUUUUCAGUGCAACAUAUGUGGGUGCAAAUGUAAAAAUAAAUAUGACUUUGCUUGCCAUUUUGCAAGAGGUCAACAUAACCAACAUUGACUGAAAACAUGCUUUCAUUUAGUUUUUUUUAACAUAUGUUUCAUACUUGCUGAAGGAGACCUUGCUCAUCCCCAACAAGAAAUCUAAUAAACAACUUGACAAUGGAGGCAAAAUUCUUUUCAUGUUGUCAUAAAAUAUGCCAGGGAUAUUUGAGUCAUGGAGGUGGUAGUUUUAUGUCAUUGUUUAAAAUAAAGUUAUGAGGAUUGGCGUGCAGUAACAUGUUUUAUGUUUGUUACAUUUAAGUUAUGUGCACUUAAGAUCCAGAAAAACAUUCUACAAAUGCCAAUCCAGAUUGCAUCCUUAAACAUAAAUUGCAACCUAUCAGACUAGAUAUUGAACAAGAUAAGAAGUCUUGGUACCUAAAAUAUAGUAAAAGUUGUUAAUACAGUGAAAUGUAUGGUUAAUAUGAAAACCAUAUUAAUGCUUAUAAACUAACUGUUUACCAAACUGGAUAAAAUCUUUAACUCACAGCAAAGAAUACACUUUCAUGGACACAUACAAUUUAAAAUUUGUCAGUUUCAUCUGAGUUUUAGUGAAUUCUAAAGUUUUUUUUAUGCUAGGCCUUUUCUUUUUUUCUUAAAAAAAAGAAAAAAAAAGAGCAGUUUUAUAGAUAUGAAGAAAACUUGAAGGUACCUUUAAAAUAUACACACACUAUGAAUGAGGCUUUGGUAAAAGAGGUUAAAUGAGAAAUAGACAAUAGACAGCUUUGCAUGAGGACAGUUUUCAUUGUUAAAAAAUGUCAAGACAUUCCCACUUAAAGGUUAUUAAAUACAUAAAUAGAGGCCAUAUUUUAAUUUUUUUAAAAAGAAAAACAAUGUAUUUUAACUGUCUUGCUAGGUUGCCUAUAUGUUUGAAAGUUACACACUCUAGUCUAUAUAAACUGCAGCUAACAUGGAAUUCUCUUUGUCUGUGGUCUACCAGAGCCCCUACCAGAGGUUUUUUAACCUUCUGGACCUGCUCAAAUGGCCAUCUUUUUUUCCUCCACUGUUUGUGGGGGAAGGUAGGCAGAGGAAUAUUGGUGGCUACAGUGUGGAGCUGUGAUUAAUUCUGUGACUGGCAAAUACUGUCUGAAGAUGUACAUGCCGUCCACUGUAUGGAGUAACUAUUUUUUAUAUUGUAAAUCUUGAUCAUUGUAAAAGCACUAGGUAUUACAACACCUGAAUUUGUCAUGUUUCAGAAAAGUGAAUAACGUAACUUUCUCUGUAUUUUGCAAUUCACUUUGACUUUAUUUCAUUUUGUACUACUUGUUGCAAGACAAGUGUGGGUUUUUUUGCUUUGUUUUUUACUACACAGGUGAACAUAGACAUACAAGAUAAGAGUGAAUGUUUUGUGGUCAGUAGGUACAAGAUUUACUUCCUUAACAUUUUGGGGGAUUUUUCCGCACGGGACAUCUGAAUGUCAGAUGUAGGGGGUCUGUCCAAAAACUUCUGUUGUCCUGGAGCAAGAUCCAAAAUCUAAUGAAGUCAACUGAAAGACUCUUGUUUACUUCAGUGGGCUUUGGAUCAGACCCUUGGAGAAAGAAGAGUUGUGGUAUUGGGAGCUUUUCUUUCACUUCAUUAUUUAAUUAUAAAUUUGGGUCUUGAGUGCACGACUCUACAGAUUUGUCUAGCAUGAGACUAUUUUUAUCCUUACAAUAGCCAGUGAGUUGUGUAGGUAUGUAACUUGUGGUGGCUGAUUGAGUGUAGAAAAUGUCUAUUAGGCCAUAUAAUUCACCCCAUGCCACUAGUUAAUAUCAGAGAUGAAACUUCCUGGCUAUGGGCUUGAUCCAAAUCCAUUGACUUCAGUGGGAUUUUAAUAAAUGGAAGGCUCUUAAUUAAUUUCUGCAUAAAUAAACUCAAGAAUAUUUGGAGAAUGCAUUUGUUUAGCGACUAUAAAUUUUAAUGUAAUAAAAAUUAACUAACCUUUUAUUAGAAUUGCUUUUUUUAAACUUACACUUCACAAACAGAACAAUUCUACAGUUACACCAUACUUGUGCAUAAACUGAGACCUAGACAUCUGAAAUCAUACACUUGAAUAUCUAUUGUCAUUUUGAGGGUGGCACUACAGUUCAUUCAACAUUUAAUCUAGUUGACUGUUGCUCUUGUACAGGUUCUGUAAACUGAGCUUUUUAUACAAACAAUAGUGAGUGGGAAAAAAUACAUUCUGAAGAGAUCAUUUUAUUGGUCAGCUGUCUGCAUACUUUAUGGUUCGAUCUAACAUCAGCUGAAGCAUGGGUAUUGUAUUUAAACCAAAAUGCAAUCGUUGCUGUUAAAGACGUUUAGAAAAGCUAGUAGUUUGACUAGCCACAAAGGAAAACAUUUGAUACUAUGCUAUACCAAAUAACCUAAACUACUUGUUUUUCUUGAGGCUUUUGGAACUUUGGGGAAGCCAUUAAAUCUGUUUAGUUUUUAACCAGAUACUCUCAGUUGGAAUUGUAGUAGCACUUGUCAUACAUUAGUCUGAAUAUUGGGUAGUAGAAGUUGCACAUCACAACCGCUUGCUGAUUGAAAAUAUACAAACAAUUGAGCCCACUCCCUUUGAAGACAGUGGCAAAACUAUCACUCCAAAUCCUACAGAAUUUUUAGAGGCUUUUAUCUUUCCCUUCAUUAUUCUUGUUCUGAUGCUUAGGCCUAGAGGUUUGCAUUGGUAGUCCCCGUAACCAUUCAGUACUUGAAUCAACACAUAUCUAGAAAACAUGCCUUGGAACUCUAACAAAAUGGUUCCCAACCUGGUCCAUUGGCCACAAUGAAGAGCCAGGACACCCACAGAAGUAGCGAGAAAUAAGAGGAAGCCUGCCUAGCCCAAUUCCAAAGGGGGCCUUCAUUGGAAGAUGGCCCACAUGACAAUAAAUAGUGUGGGCUAACAAAAAGUAGUAUGAAAUUUUGAAAACUUGUGGACCCUGCAUAGCAUAUUUUGAUGCUAUUGGAUAAUGGUAAAUUGUCUACUCUUCAGCAAAGUACCCAAGGCAACUAAAAAAAGAGAAUUCAAGCUUUAACUCUUAAAAAUGUAUAACAGUUAUAGCCAGAUACUGCUGGUCUCAUGCAAGUAGCCCCAUUGACUGCAAUGGAAAUACUCAGCAGGAUUUGGCAUUCAAGCCCUGCUCCUACAACAGGGUCUGUGGGGUGGACUUCAUUAACUUCACUGGUGCUCCAGGCAGACUCAAUUUCAGGAUUGGGACCUUAGGUUGCUUAAAAAUAAAAAGCAUAUUACUGUGUUUUCUGUUGUGCCAAACAGUGAUUUGAUUAUACUUAUUUCCUUCUGACUACUAAGUAUGUUUGGAAGGUGCAUUUUCAGUUUUAUUAUUAAAAUUGUAGUUUUUCAUAAUUUUGUACUAAAAUUGUAUAUAUUCUAAUAUUUACUAGAAUUUAAAAUAAAGAGCACAAUUAGUAUUGCAAAGCUGUUUAUGGUUGUGACUCUGCAAACCUUUAUUCUCACAAGUAGGCCUUAUUCUUACAAAGUCAAUAGGAAAUACUUGUCGGUAAGGAUUUGUGGGAUCAGGUCCUAGAUUAGUAAAAUUGUUUCAUAGUGAGUUCUAAAUGUGCUAAUCUGCACUAACUUUAAAAACAAAUCCUUAUAACAUUUUAUAAGGAGCUGUUUAGCUUUUAACUUGUAUGAACAAGGACAGUUCAGGAUAUGAGUUGAAAUUUUUCCACAGUUUAAGUUCUAUAUUUGGAAAACAUUAGCUUUGUGUUACUUUGUUUUUAUUGUUAUGGAAUAUUUUAUAGAUCUGUUGGACAAUUUUUAACAUGCACUAUUUAUCGUACUCUUAAUACAGACAUCUGAUUCUGAGGAUUUUCUGUUCAACGAUCAGUCAAAUAUUGGAUUGAAGAUGUUGGCAGGAGAUUAAUGAUCUCAGUUAAUAUUUAAAAUAAACUGUGAAGCAACUAACGGAAUAAUUUGAUUUUUGCAAUGCAGUGUUUUGCUUCAGAUGACUUUUGCAUAAAAUUUUAUUUGUAUUUUAACAUACAGCCCUCCGUUCUGGAAAAGACAUGUUCUGACAUCGUUUCAUAGCAGAAUUUGAGCUACGUUGGACAUGCUUUUGUUAUGGAUUUUUUUUCCUUGACAAAGGGAAUGUCACUGGCAAGUUUCCCAUCAGUUUAAGUUUCUGUGAAAAUACAUAGCCAACAGAUGUUCUGUUGCAGAAAAAACAAGUCCCUGCUGAGGCAUUUUUCACUGAGCAAUCUUAGCGUAUGUGCUUCUAGUUCCUGCUUUGUUAAUAAUGUGUAUUUCAAUGUAAAGAGCAUAUUUUGUAUGCAAAAGAUGAGACUUGAGUUAGUUGUAAAACAAGUUUUAUUGUGUAGUGAUGCUGGUUUUAGAAAACAAAGGUUAAUUCUGAAAUAACUUGACUAUAUCUAGUGUAGUUCAUGUUGUGGAACUUUGUUUUGUAAGAUAUGAAUAAAACACUUUCUAAUGAUGUUCAA